AUGAGUACUAUUGGUUGGAAUUGCCAUGGGCUUGGGAACCCAUGGGCCAUUCAAUUCCUACAAGACAUUUGUGUUGAAAAGAAGCCCAAUUUUUUAUUUCUUUGUGAAACUUUGUGUAGAAAGGAUGUGGUGGACCGGGUGAAGUGUAAGUUGGGCUUUGAAAGUUCUUUAACUGUUGAAGCCCAAGGAAGAAAAGGUGGUCUUACUUUCUUUUGGAAAUUUUCUGAUGAAGCUCGGUUAUUGAAUUUCUCCAACAACCAUAUUGAUCUUGAGAUAUCCCUCCCUGCAUGGAAUCUGCUCCGCUCAAUUGCUGAUGAAUCACCUCUUCCUUGGUGUAUUCUUGGCGAUUUUAAUAAUAUCACAACUCAGGAUGAUGUGAAGGGAGGCCGACCCUACCUCGAUUCUCUGAUCAAUGGUUUCAACCUUGCGCUCCAUGACUGCCAGCUUGGAGAACUUGACUGGAAAGGGUAUCGGUUCACUUGGGAGAGAGGACGUGGGACCUCAGCUCACAUUGAAAUCAGGUUAGACAAGGCAUUUGUGAAUCAUGAUUGGUUUUUUUUAUUUCCUGAUGCGAAAUUGUCAAACUGUGAUUACUCUUCGUCUGAUCAUACUCCGUUGUUUCUUGAGCUUGAAUCUGUGACCUUUACUAGCCUUGUGCGUUUAUUUAGAUAUGAAAAUGCUUGGUCUCGUGAGCCUUUGUGUUUUGAGCUUGUGAAAGAUUGUUGGGCCGUGAAUAGUCAUUUAUCCCUUGCUGAAAAGUUAAAAUGUUGCAGCAUUCUUUUAUCUGAAUGGGGUUUUGAGCUUCUCGGAAAUUUCAAGAAAAGGUUGAAACAGAGUAAGAAGAAAAUGGCAAAGCUGAAAGUGGAUAAUGGCGAUUCUCACGAUCAUGAUUUCUCUGCCGAACAUACUCGCAGACGUACCAACCAAAUUGUUCAACUGAAAAACUCUGAUGAUGUGUGGGUCAACUGGUCUUCGGGUCUUGAUCAGGUUAUCACUGAUUAUUUUCUUGCUCUCUAUGCUACUGAUGGUAUUGAUUGCAACUCUGUGGUACAUGGUAUAUCUAGUUCUGUCACUGAUGAUCAUAAUGAAGCUCUCUUACAGCCGGUUACUCCUGAAGAAAUAAAACAAGCUGUUUUUCAAAUGCAUCCUGAUAAAGCUUCUGGUCCUGAUGAUUUGCCUCCUGAUAUCAAUGAUACCAUUCUUGUUUUGAUUCCGAAAAAUAAAAACUUUUCCACAAUGGGUGAUCUGCGUCCUAUUGCUCUUUGCAAUGUAUCUUACAAGAUUAUUGCUAAAUUCCUUGCGAAUAUAAUGCGAAGCAUGAUUGAUCAGAUUAUUUCUCCAACUCAAAGUGCUUUUAUCCCCGGUAGGCUCAUCUCUGAUAACAUUAUGGUGGCGUUUGAGAUCAUGCAUUACCUCAAGAGGAAAAUAUGA